UUCGGGGGGGGAAAAAUGCCGGAAGAGGAAGAAAGAGAGAGAUUAGCCAAAGUCAUCAGACAGUGGAACAACAACAGACUGGACUUGUUUGAAAUAAGCCAACCUGAUGAGAACUUGAAGUUUCACGGCGUGAUGCGCUUCUACUUUGAGGAUCACGUCGGAGGAAACGUGGCCACAAAGUGCCUGCGCAUUUGCAGCAACUCUCCGACUCACGAGCUGAUCGAGACUCUUUCAGAGAAGUUCAGGCCUGACAUGAAGAUGCUGACCACGAGUUACUCCCUGUACGAGAUCCACGGCAAUAAAGAACGCAAAGUGGAUCUGGACGAGAGGCCUCUGGUUGUGCAACUAAACUGGACAAAAGAAAACAGAGAAGGACGUUUUGUGCUCAAGAGAGACAAGGAGAGCUCGGAGGAAAACUGUCACGAGAAGGAAAAAGGAGGCGUGAUCGAAAACUUCAAGAGGACGCUGUCGAGGAAAGACAAGAAGAAAGAGAAGAACAAAGCGGCUGACAAGGUUUCAGAGGAUGAGAACGGGUCAACUGAGAAGCCACUGAACAACAACAGCGUUUGUGUGUCUAACCGUGAGGCAAAGAAGCAACAGAGGCCGGCUGCCCCGGGAGUGAAGCCUGCAGGAAGUCUUCCUCCUGACUUCUCUCAUCAACCUGGAUUACCAAUUGGAAUUAAAUUCUGUGAUCACUCUGAGGAGGCCUUCCUGUCUGCAGUCAUAAAUUACACCAACAGCUCCACAGUUCACUUCAAGCUCUCACCUGCGUACAUCCUCUACGCCGCGGGACGCUUUGCUCUACAACGCCAUUACAGGCGAGGCUCUCCGCCCUCGGGGCAGACGCACGGUGUCACCUCCAUCGCAGACAAAAUGGUGGCCAUGACAGAAAAGGUCAUGCAGAGGCAGCAGGCCAUCGCCGGCGCUCUCGCCUUCUGGAUGGCCAACUCCUCUGAGCUGCUGAACUUCCUCAAGCAUGACAAACACCUCAGCCCGCUCACCCAGCAAUGUCAGCUGGAUCUGUCCCACCUGGUGCACAAGGCUUACAGCUGCCUGCUGCACUGUCUACAGAAUGAGUUAAGGAAGCACCUGCCAACUUUUCUGAUUGAUCCGGAGCAACACGGCCCACUGCCGGCUGGUAUAGAGAUGGUGCUGAACACCUUGAUGAACACGAUGUCUCUUUUACGCCGCUGUCGGGUCAACCCCGCCCUCACCAUCCAGCUCUUCUCCCAGCUCUUCCACUUCAUCAGCGCCUGGCUCUUCAACCAGCUGACCAGCCCCGGGGCCGACACUCCCGGCCUGCGCUCCCACUACUGGGGAGCUGCUCUCCGCCAGAGGCUCAUGGCCAUCGAGGGCUGGGCGGAGAGGCAGGGCCUGGAGCUGGCUGCUGACUGCCACCUCGGGCACAUUGUUCAGGCAACCAUGCUCCUGACCAUGAAUAAGUACUCAAUGAAAGACGCGAAGGACAUCCAGAAUACCUGCUUCAAGUUGAACUCGCUGCAGCUGCAGACGCUGCUGGCUGGUUAUCUCUACGCAACCAAUGAGCCUCACAUCCCCUCUGAUUUGAUCGAUGCUGUGGUGACGGCUGCGGCGGCCUCUGCAGAUAACCUGAUUUUGAGCGAAGGACGGGACGUCCAGCUGGAGGAGAGCCUCGACCUCCACCUGCCCUUCCUGCUGCCGGAGGGAGGGUACUCCUGUGACUCUGUGAGAGGGAUCCCUCCAGGGUUUAGAGAGUUUUUGGAGCCGAUGUGCCGGAAAGGUCUCUGCUCCUUAACAUCCCAGCCGACCUCUAAAGGUGACUGGACCGUGUACUUCAAUGAACCAACGUCUUCUGCAGAGAGCUCAUACUUGGCAGCACAAAGGGAGCCAGAGGUUGUGACCGUCACUCUGAACAAGCCUCUGAACAGUGGCAUGGGGGUCAGCAUCGUGGCUGCCAAGGGAGCGGGGCAAGGUUACCUUGGGAUUUAUAUCAAAUCCAUCGUCAGGGGAGGCCCGGCUGAAAUGAACGGCAGGUUAACAGCCGGGGAUCAGCUGCUGAGUGUGGACGGUCACAGCCUGGUCGGCCUCAGCCAAGAGAGGGCGGCAGCGAUCAUGAUGCAAACUGGCCCCGUUGUGACCUUACAGGUUGCCAAGUUUGGAGCGAGCUACCACGGCCUGGGAGCUCUACUGAGUGAGCCGACCUCACAACAGAAGCCAGGUGAUGAAAGUCUGGCUAAUUCAAACGGUAAGAGUGUGGAGCUGUACAGUGUGGUGGACGCCGCUCCAUCAGAGCAUCACGGAGGCAGCAGGAGGAAGAAGGAGCAGAUAACGCAGAGAAACAGACAACUGUACCGCUCCAACCCCAACAUGACCAAUUUUAGCCCCGAGGAUGCAGAUGAACCUGUUCACGCCGAUGUGAGAGUAAACAUGGCUGCCGUCUCCAGUAUUAACCUGUGCGCCGACACAUUUCACCGGGAAUACUUGACGCUUCCGACUCCUAAAUCCCAGGACAAGCAACUGUCUGACUCCAGCCGACCACAGCAAACACUGAAAGUCUCUCUGAGGCCUUUAGACGGACAGCGCUCAAGUAAAAGGACUUUAAUGCGCCAGGCCCUGUCACAGGACAACCUGUGCGUGGACAGUGGAGGCCCCCUGCUGGACAAAAGGCAGAAUUUAUGGGAGCAGAAGGAGCAGCGAGCAAAGCAAACCAUGAGCCACUACUCAUCUUUCCCCAUCCGCUCCAGUGUUUCAAGUCAUGACAUCCUCUCGGAUGACUGUCCUGCCACAAAGCGGCAGCAGGGCAGCCGCACAAGUGGCGCCGGUGUCUGGAGAACUCCUUUUUCACAACAUCCAACACCGACGCCUUCGAUCCAGCCCAUACGCAUAGACAUCCCUGUGACCAGGGCGGCGAACACACACACAAAUCCUCCACUCACCACCUUCCAGAGUUCAUCUCUGCUGGCAGUGACGCUGAGCCGAACCCUCAAAGUGAGCGGAAACAAACAGAGUCCUCAAAGCCAGGCUAACCAUAUUUAUGCAUGUCCCAUUCCUGCAACCAAGAAGCUACCUCAGCCCUCACAUCCAUCACACAGAUCCUCCACACACAGGGACCAAGCAGCAAAACCACAAGUCAGCAUCACUCCAACAAAACACGUCUCCUUCCAAGAACCUCCGACUCAGGGCCCAACAAAGCAAAAAGACACGCAGGAGCUGUCUGGCCCGUGGAGGAGGGAGGCCCAGGAGAGGCUGGAGAAGCUGCACAGGCUUCAUGCGGUGGAGCUCCUGGAGCAGGAGGUGCAGGAGCUCCAGGCCAAAGCCAAGCGGACAGCGGAGGAGAGCGACCGGCUCAGGAAGCUCAGCCUGGAGUGGCAGUUUCAGAAGAGGCUGCAGGAGGUUCAGCAGAGAGGAGAGGACGAGGACGAGGAGGAAGACGAGGAACUGGACAUGAUGCUGACCAUACAGCAGCUGGAGAGAAGAACACAGAACGGGAGAAGCUCUGCUGGGAACAUCACCGCUGAACCCAAAAAGUUGGAAAACCGAAAAGACGACAAGGCGAAACCAGAUCAGAGACCAAGUGGACCGGGUCAAGAUACAAUCAACACUGAGUGA